AUGGCCAGGAUACUUGUCCUCCCUAUUGAGUUGCGCGUCUCCAUUUUGCAAGAGUUAUCCGAUAUCGGGGAUCUUUCGGCGGCACUUUCUAGCCAUCGUCUGCUGGCCGAGGCGCUGCGCGAAUCCCCCACCAUUGUUGGCCAUGUCCUGGGAAACGAAAUUGAUCCUCGACUUUGGCCGGUCGCAGUGAUGAUAUGGCAAAUGCGGACACAUAGAAAAGAUACUAAGGUUCAUGACGAACAAGAUGCGUUAUCGAUCCUUGAGGAAUGCCAAAACACCACUCCCCAAGAAGCAUGGAAAUAUCUGAACACUGUGGAUUUGGCCGAGGCGCACAAAUACUCCCACCAACUACAACGCGCUAUUGACAAGUUUACGACCGACUUUAUAUCUAUGGCCCUUGACUUCCUAACUAUUGAAGGAGUGCUAGACCACUCUUCGCCCGCACCGUCACCUACUGAGGCCUAUCGUGUCCAACGCGCUUUCUAUUUCUUUGAAUUUUUCUGCUGUCUCUGGGAUGGCGGUCCGUAUAUCGUGGACUGGGAUCGUCAGUGGUCAUUGCCGUUAUAUGUUGGAUUUGACCCUUGGAUAAACGAGCAGCUCGCCUCGGUGUAUGAGUAUUUGUUGAGACAACUCACUAUCGCUUUCAAUGACGUAUAUCGCAUCCGCUGGGGUACCUUGAAUACGGCCGAUUUGGAACCAGACUAUGAAAAUGCCGAAAACGCAUUUUUGGUCUCUCGCGGUAUUAAUUACGUCUACAAGCUUACCAGAGCACCGACACGCGAAGCCCGAUGCCGAUUACUAGUUGCCGAAACGAAGCCGGGAAAAUCCUUUUUGCUGAACGUCGCUAUUGAGGAUCUUAACGACCAAUACUACCACGAACGCCAUACUCAUCGAAGUCCCCUAUUUGGUGCAGCCUACAUGAGAGCUUUGCAAGACAGGUCGCAACACCCUGAUGUAUCUACUUCUGACCUCUUUCUACCAGAUUUGGGCAAGUCCGGGCCGGCGGAAAUUUGGUGUCAGGCGCAUCUAUCCGAUGAUCAUGCCCAGUGGGGUUCGGAUUUUGUUCUGAGCAAGAACUUCGCCCAUGAACGGAAAGCGGGCUACGUGAUGUGGGACGCAUGUCGUAUACUUGAUUUCGAGAAUUUUAAGCGGGAAAAAGACGUCUCGAACCGAAAUUACCAAUAG